ACUGGUGCCUGUAAGGUUUAGAGCAAGAGCAUCUUCUUCCCAUUUGCAAAGCGAUGAGUUCGACUGUUUAGACUUUAAGAGGAUGAGAAAUGAACAGGUAAAAUGUAAAGAGAGCAGAGAAAGAUGUGAUAUGUCGAUCAGAACUUUGAGGAAACUUUAAGACUCCUGUCAGAAUGCAGUCCAUCACGCGACAAGUGGAUCAUACUUCAGGAAACCGCUGCAAGAAGAUGAAGGUGGAAAAUAGGGAGAAUGAGAGUUUGCAGGAUGUCUUGGAGUAUGACAGUGACACACUGAGAAGAACUUUAUUUGACGCACAGGGUUAGUGCAGCAUAAUAGUUUGAGGGGGAAACAUUACAGCAAUAUUCGGCAGUUAAAUCGUUUAUAUUGAACUCUGCAUUUCCAUUUGUGUAUUUUUUUCGAUGGCUUGUGAAGAUCUGAGAAAAAGCGCGAAGGAAAGAAAACCUGCAGGAGCUGAAGCUGUGAGGAAAGUUCGUGUGGAUCUUCAAGGGUCAGACCUGUGGAAGAGAUUUUACGAAAUCGGCACAGAGAUGAUUAUCACCAAAGUUGGCAGGAGAAUGUUCCCCUCUAUUCGAGUCAAGGUGCACAAUCUGGACCCUUUACAGCAAUACUCCAUUGCUAUGGACAUCAUGCCUAUGGACUCAAAGAAAUACAGGUAUGUUUAUCACAGCUCUCAGUGGGUGAUUGCUGGAAACACAGAUCACUCCUGUAUCCCCCCUCAUCUAUAUGUCCACCCGGACUCACCGUGUUCAGGAGAGAACUGGAUGAGGCAGGUCAUCAGCUUCGAUCGCGUCAAACUCACCAACAAUGAGCUGGAUGACAGAGGCCAUAUAAUCCUGAAGUCCAUGCACAAGUACAGGCCACGGAUCCAUGUUAUUCUGCAUUGUCCUCCUGAAUGCCUGUCGAAGAGGCUUUUGUCACUCCCAGCGGAUGGUGUGUUCACCUUCUCCUUCCCCGAGACUCAGUUCACCACUGUCACAGCGUACCAAAACCAACAGAUAACAAAACUGAAGAUCGACAGGAAUCCAUUUGCCAAAGGCUUCAGGGAACGUAACGGGGCUGUGUUGGAUGGGAUUCUAGAGUCAUACUCAUGGCACAGUCCCUUUAAUGGCUUCAAAUCUUUAGCAAUGGAGCUACAAGGCAGAUGUUUUGGAUCUUCAGCGAGUGGUAUCACCCCAUCAGUGUCCUCAGCUCAAGCAGUCCAUCCCACUGCCUUCUCAAGCCCUCAGUGCUGCAAGAUACUCCCUUCAAGCUGUUUCCUCGCAUACAGAGCCUACUGCAGCAUUUGCCUCAAUAAUUACACUGGGUUGCGACCCAUGUUAGAUCUUCCCUUGCUGACUUCCCUCCCGGUUAAGAAAGGAGACAGAUGUAGGAGCCACUGGCUCUAUAAUUCAGCCGGUACUUCCAUGCAUCCUAUUCACAACACUUUAUCUGGAUGGGCCUCUGAAAAUGAAAAUACGGCAUCAGCCUUCAUGUCACCACAUAGCUACAGCUUCCCCAUCAGCCACAGAUUCUCCACUGAUACUCAUCAUUUAAAACUGGCUCACAGUGAAAGCACAGUUCUUCAAAUGCCAAUGAUUUCCUCAAUCGGGUACAGUCCCUGACAGCAAUCCUGCCAAAACACCAUGAGCAUACCUUCAAUUGCUUACAAUUGCUCAGGUACUAAAAUGUGAAUAUCUCAGUAAUGAUGUUUGUAUAAACUGUUUGUAAAUGCAAAGGUUUAUCAGUCUGUUUGAAUCUAUAAAUACUACAUUCACAGACUUUAUCAGAUGACUCUACUGUAUUUGUUAUUAUUGAGAUCCUGUUACGCUUUCAGACUUUUUGACACAAUGUAUACAUUUAAAAUUUUUAAAUUCUGCUCCAUUUUGUGAGCCAUUUGGCACAUUAAGCUUGCUUUCAAUUCUGCAAUUAUUAAACUAUUACUUGCCAUGAUAUUUAUUUUAUCUG